AUGGAGAGAAAGGGGAUUGAUUUGAAUAGAGAAACAAGUGGUGUGAAUAAUGAUAAGAUUGGUGAUGGUUUUGUUGAUAGAAGUAAAGUAAGGAUUUUGUUUUGUGAUACUGAUUCAGAUAGUUCUCAAGAGGUUGUUACACUUCUCUUGAGAUGUUGUUAUCAGGUUAUUUCAGUGAAGUCAGCAAGACAGGUAAUUGAUGCACUGAAUGCAGAGAGUGAAAAUAUAGAUCUCAUACUAGCUGAAGUUGGCCUUCCGAAGAAGAAGGGUAUGAAGAUGCUGAAAUACAUAGCCCGAGACAAGGAAUUGCGCAGAAUUCCUGUUAUAAUGAUAUCCGCACAAGAUGAGGCAUCUGUUGUUGUCAAGUGCUUGAAACUUGGAGCAGCGGACUAUCUAGUAAAGCCUUUACGCACAAAUGAGCUAUUAAAUUUGUGGACACACAUGUGGAGAAGAAGACGCAUGCUUGGGCUUGUAGAGAAGAACAUGUUAAAUUAUGAAUUUGACCUGGUAGCAUCAGAGCCUAGUGAUGCCAAUACAACUAGUACCACUUUGUUCUCUGAUGACACCGAUGAUAGGUCCAAAAGAAGCACCAUUCCAGAGGCAGGAACGUCAUCUCAACAAGAGCAUGAGUCUACUAUUGCAAAUGCCGCUGCUGUUGAGGAAGCUCCAGAUGACCAUGCUUCUGAAUGUCAGCCUGAUGCCCAUGGAAUAAAUGAUCAGAGGACGGAACAUUUUUCAUCUGGUCUAAAGAAGAGUGAACUAAGGAUCGGGAUUGGGGAGUCAUCAGCCUUCUUCACAUAUGUUAAAGCAUCAAUGCUAAAGAGAAACAUUGAAGGGAUCAUUCAUGUUGACAACAAUCCUGCUGAACAUGUGAUGGAAGUUAUGCAUCAACAAGGGGUUAAUGACCUUGAAUUACGUGAAAAUGGAGAGAUGUGUGACAGUCAAUCGCAAGAUGACUUCCCCGGCAGCAAUAGUAUACCUGAUUUUUUAUCUAUUGAGAGAUCUUGUACUCCACCUUCAUCUAUGGAAGCUUCACAUCAAAACGGUUACAGGGAAGAAAAUUUGAAUCACAACCGUCUGAGACAUCCAAGAAACGGAACAACUUGUUCCGAGCUUGAAAUGUCAAACAUGGUCGCACGGCAUGCUUAUCCAUAUUAUAUGCCGGGAGUUGUUAAUCAUGUUAUGAUGCCUUCAGUGGCACAAAUACAUCAAAACAAUGACCUGCAGAAUCAUGCUGUGGCAUCUAUGAUUGCCCAGUACAAUCAUGUUCCACAAGGCAGUCCUCAUGCCACCGGUAUGAUGUCUUACCCAUAUUACCCGAUGAGUAUGUGCUUACAACCUGGUCAGAUUUCUACACCUAAUUUAUGGCCAACCUUUGGAGGCUCAAAUCCAUCUGAAGCAAAUAUAAGUAAAGUUGAUAGGAGAGAAGCAGCGUUGAUUAAAUUCAGACAGAAAAGGAAAGAGCGCUGCUUUGAUAAGAAAAUCAGGUAUGUCAACCGAAAACAACUUGCUGAAAGACGGCCUCGUGUGAGGGGGCAGUUUGUCAGAAAGUUGAAUGGUGCUAAUGUGGAUCUUAAUGGACAGCCUCCUUCCAUUGAAUUUGAUGAAGAUGAUCAAGAAGAUGGACAGCCUCCUCCCAGGGAUGGUUGA